AUGGUGCUCACCGAAGAUGAGCGUCGUGAGUUGCAGCGCUUGCUGGCAAAGUCAGCAGCAGCAGAGGUUGUGCGUACCGAAGGCAGCAUGACCGAUGCGCCCAAGCGACGCCACUUUGAGGGUGACGACGCCAAGACUAGUGGGUAUGUUGGCAGCGAGCAGCUGCCGAUUCCGAAGGCUACCGCGAUGGCUGCUGUCGUGAAGACGAGUGGGUCAGCGAGCAGCCAGCGAGCAAGCUUGGCCGAAGAUGAUGGGGAGGAUGACCAGUUCCUUCUAGUCUCCUAUACAGGGGGCGAAGGGGCAUUUGAGGUGAGCCUUCCGGAAAACACUACGAAAUCUCAGUGGGAUCGCACCAUCGCUGAAUUGCCGAAGCUCAAUUCGGUGAAGGAGUGGAAAGGAAGAACCUACGCUGCUUUGGUGGAGAUGUGCUACCAAUGCGGAGUUGACAAA